AUGUUCCGCUGCUCCCUAUUUUUGUGUGCCAUAUUGCUGCUAGCGGCUGCUCAAAAUGAUACCAGUAUUGCCGAGGAAGUAACGAUAGCCGAACCCUCGGCCGAUGAGGGGAUCAACCCAUUAAUACUGUCGAUGGGCAUCAAUCAAGACCAGGAGUGCGGCGCAAAUGAAUAUUUCGCGAGUUGCGGGAAUGCGUGUGAACCGCAAUGUGGCGAUGAUGAAAAGGGUUGUGCCGAAGAAUGCCAACUAGGGGCUUGCCACUGUGAGACCGGCUAUUAUCGCUCUUCCUUCGGACGAUGUGUACUCCCAUAUUUGUGUGAA